CGCAAACUCCAGUGUGUGUGCGUCUCUGCCUCCGGGGGACUGUUCGGCGCUAAUUCAUCCACGAACUGCUUUUAUUCUCCGGACCGUCUCUACGACGAGUGGUGGUGAUGAAGUAAACAAUGAAGUAAACAAGCUGAUAAAAAUUUAGAGGAUAAUUGUCCCUCUAAAUAAAACGCUGCUUUGAAAGUGGACUGCAACAAAAAGCUCAUGGACAGCUAGUGCUUGCUUGACAUGCCAGUAUUCGCACCGAGGACAGGAUGUCUAAGUGUGAGCUGAUCGAGCUGAAAGACCUCAGUGUGAGUGAUCCCAUCGAGCUAGCUGCUCCAGCCGUCCACACGGCCCACGCGCCCGGAAACCCAGGACAGCCCGGCCACUACCACGUUGUCCGUCUGGUUGGAGACAGUGUCAGCAUUGAAGCCCCCGGAUGCCAUGCGGGAGAGGCUGGCGUGGGUCACGACUUCCAGCCUGACAGUUACACUCAUCUCACCUGGUGUGACCUGUGUGGAGAAUUCAUCUGGGGACUUUACAAGCAGAGUUUACGCUGUGCCAACUGCAGCUACACUUGUCACUACCGCUGCAGACCGUUCAUCCAGCUGGACUGCAGCACACAUGGGAGUUUGUUCACAAAUCAUGCAGAUUUCUCUGUUGACUCCAUCGAGACUGACACAAAUGUGGAUGAAAAGACAGAGUUGGGCAAACAGGAGCUGACUGCUGGUGAGAUUCAACAGAGGGUUAUCGAUUACAACGCUCAGAUCAACAGCAACCUGUACAUGGUGGAUAAUAAAGACGGGUCCUACACUGGUUUCAUCAAGGUCCAUUUUCAGUUAGUCCGUCCCAUCUCCUUGCCCCCCCCUCAGAGCCUGGGCUCCACACAGGAGGGCGACCAGCAAGGCAGACAUAUGAAGCGGCGGACGUCUUUCUACCUCCCCAAAGACACAGCGAAGCACCUGCACAUAAGCUCCGAAACACGGGUGCGAGAAGUCAUCGAGGCCCUGCUCAACAAGUUCACCAUGGUGGACAACCCGGCAAAGUUCGCCUUGUUUGAGCGCUCUGACAGACAAGGUCAAGUGUACAUGCGUAAACUGUCUGACGACGAGCGUCCUCUGUAUCUGCGUCUGUGUGCUGGCCCCAGAGAAACAGCCUUGAGUCUGGUGUUGAAAGAAAACGAGACAGGGGACGUAAAUUGGGAUGCCUUCAGCUUUCCUGAGUUGUGCAACUUUCUGCGAAUCUUGCAGCGGGAGGAAGAAGAGCACGUGCGGCAAAUUGUGAAGCGCUACGCUCUUGCUAGAGACAGGAUGAAACAGGCCAUGGCCCAGAUAACUACCCCUGGGUGAUGAGAAGACGUUAAAAUAAACCUCGUAUUUGAACCAUAAGAAAGACCUACUCCUGCCUUGAAAAGAAUCAUGGAUCCAUAAGAAAAUUUAUAGCAACAUAAAAGGGACAAGAAGAGCUCAGGAAAUGAUGUUAUUGGCAGGAUGGGUUUCUAGUAAAACAGGGAGACUGUUACAUACAAGGUGAAUUAACUAAAGGAUCAGGUCGUACUACGAUUGUGAACACAGGACCACUGCUAUGAUCGGAAUUGGCACAAAACUUAAAAGGCUGUCUUGACUGGAUGCAAUUCCUUCUUUAAUACCGAUGCUGCUCAAUGUGUUUAUUAAGAGACACAGAUAAUAAUAGUAAUAAAUUGUGAUUUUAUUUGUAAUUUAUCUUUAGUUUUUAAAAUGUUAGCACAUCAACUUGUGAAAUUAAAUUAAAAUAAAUUUAUAUUCGUAUUAUCUAAUAAACACAUCAUAAUAAAUGAUGAGUCACUUUUCCUUAUUUUACACUUAAUUUGUGCUCUGGCUUUUUAAGUGGGGGCCAGAGUAUCAUGGUCAAAAGUGUGUGAACACUUUAUUAUUGUGAUGGUUCUGUGUCUUUGUCUUUUAUUUGUGCAGAUGUUCUGAGUUUUCUUUUUUAAUUUGUUAAGUUCCUUAUUUUCCGUGUAUUGCUCAUUGGUUUCUCCCAGUGUGUUUGCCCUGAU